AUGGGCGGAGGACCACGCACACCACCACUGCCGUCCCACCUCGUCGUCAGCCGCUCCUCGGAGGACCUGGUCGAGGUAUCGCUGCUCAGGGAGGAUCAGGACACGCUUGAGGACCCUGCAGGCAUGCCACAACUCGCGCCGCACCCUCCCACAGACGCGACUCCGUCACCUCCCGGCACCGCCUCGUCGACACCGACAGACCCGCUCUCCUCGCAGGCGUCCGCAAGCGCCGACAUGGCUCGAUUGUCACUUGGAGACGAGGGAAACUUGGCAGAACUGCUGUGGAGCAAGUCGGCGGUCUACGUGCACCCGUCGCAGCAGGGGCGGGACUCGGCUCUUCCUGGUUUCUUGUCUAUCGUGCGCGUGAGGCAGGGCGAGGGGUGGCAGCACUUGGUCAGCUGGAUUCCGGAGAAGCUCGUCGAGGGGACGCGCGACUUUGAUGCGUAUGUGCUCGUCGAGCUGUCUUCACAACACGAGACGGAUGUCCUCGUACACCUCGCGCCGUCGUUCUGUCCCGAAGAGGACGCCGGCCUCGCCUCGCCCCGCUCGCACGCCUUCUCCCACCCGAUCACUUCGCUGUACUCGGUCCAGGUCCAGCCGCCGACGCUUACGUCCUGGAUCGGCACCGUCACCCUCUCUCUCUUCGGCGGCGUCACCCUCCCCCCGCUCCACUUUCACGACGACGAGUCCAAGUCGACAGUCCUCGACCAGGACCGCCGCGCGUCGUCUCUCAGCGUUGGCGGCUCUCACUCUGCCCGACAACCCGCCGGCGGUGCACUGGCUCCCAGUUGGGGCGGCGAAGCCUUUGUCAAGCAGCUCAAGCGUCACGCCCGCGUCGUCCGCUCGCAACUCGACCCGAGCUGCUACCUCGUCAACCCGUCGAAAGUCGACCUCGAAGCGCACGCCGGUGGAUUGUACCCGACCUGGGAUGAAGACGCCGUGCCGGACGAGGCGUUGCGAGGGAUGCGAGGGCGGUUGGGCGAGGGCGAGCGAGGGGACCGCGUGAGGGACAGGGCGCAGCAGCAGCAGGAAGCGAGGACGAGCAUCUUGCAUCAGAGCUCGCCCGUCAGUCGGAAGAGUGCGAGGAGCAGGCCGCAGCCAGGCAGGGAGGAGUGGCCGGACGACCCCGAUGCGAUGCUCGGCGAGGACGGUUCGGCGCGGGACGGCGGGAACGGCGGGAUGGACGCGCUGACGUUCAGCGUGCUGAGCGGGUUCAGUCGGAUCACGCGAGGCGCCCGCCAGAUCUCGCAGCAAGCCGCAUCGACUGUCCUCUCGCACCCUCUCGCCAAGCCGCUCGCCAAGCACGUCCCGAAGCCGAUCGCACAGCUCGCGCUCGCUCCUGGCGAAGUGAGCAAGCUCACGGAUGCAGCCGGUGUCGGCGCCUACGACUCUGCGCGCGUCUACCUCGCCAAGUGGGCUCGCAUCGUCGCCGAGGAGGGCGAGCGGGCCCGCCGAGCCGAGUACGGCGUCGACGACUCGUCUUUCCUCGAGGAAGAGCUCGGCGAGUCCACCGGUGUCUUCGAGGUCCUCGCCAAGACGUACCGCAUCGGCCACAAGCCACGGUCGACUCGAGCGCCGAAGACGCCGAUCCAGCUCGAGGAGUGGCACGCUUGGUUCGACAGCGAGACGCGGCAGCUGCUGCUCGACGAGAAGGAGGCGAGGAGGCGGAUCUUCCAGCGUGGGCUGGCGGACAACGAUGUUCGGAAGGAGGUCUGGCCGUUCUUGCUCGCCGUCUAUCCCUGGACUUCGACUGGCGAAGAGCGUGCGAGAAUAGCCGAGGCGAAGAGCACCGAGUACGAGCGGAACAAGCGCAAGUGGAUGGCGGACGACGAGCUGCAAAAGACUGAGCGCUUCCUCGAGGAGGACCACCGAGUCGAAAUCGACUGUCGGCGAACCGACCGCACCCACCCGCUCUUCCUCUCCGACCUGCCACCCGACGAGAACGGCGGCGCCCAUCCGCCGACGAACGCGCACAUCACGGCGUGCCACGACGUUCUCAUGACCUGGGUGUUCGCCCCGACCGACGCAACGGAUCAGACCGAUCCGCCGGCCGUCAACCAGUACGUCCAGGGCAUGAGCGACCUGUUCUCGCCGCUCUACGUCGUCCUCGAGGGCGAGCAGUGGCUCGCGUACUCGUGUUUCGAGACGGUCAUGCAGCGACAGGCCGACAACUUCCGCGAGGACCAGAGCGGGAUGAAGCGUCAGCUGAGCGAGCUGCAGUCGUUGAUCCGGGUCAUGGACCGCGGGUUGUACCGGCAUCUCGAGGAGACCGGCUCGCUCAACCUCUUCUUCUGCUUCCGGUGGUACCUCUGCUCCUUCAAGCGCGAGUUCGGCUUCGACGACACGGUCCGCCUCUGGGAGAUCCUCUUCACCGACCACCUCGGCCGCCACUUCCACCACUUUGUCGCCCUCGCCAUCCUCGAAGCCAAUCGCGACGUCAUGAUCCGCUACCUGCGCGAGUUUGACGAGAUCCUCAAGUACGUCAACGAGCUGUCGCAGACGCUCGACCUCUCGACGAUCCUGGGCGACGCCGAGGUCUUGUACUACACGUUCCGCGACGUUCUCGCGGCCGCAUCGCCAGCCCCGCCUCCUCCCGGCCAGGAAGGUCUCCGACAUCGCAAGCCGCCUGCGAGUGAAGCCCGCAUCGGCGCCUUCCCGCCAACACCGGAGGACGCAGAAGAGGCGCGCCGAGCCAAGGUGCGCGAUCGAACGGCAAGAGAGGCCGAGGGGCUGAAGGAGCUGCUCGAGUGA